CCAGAUGGCUUCUUUUGGGUGGAAGAGAAAGAUUGGUGAGAAAGUUUCAAAAGCUACUUCUCAGCAAUUUGAAGCAGAAGCUGCAGAUGACAAAGAUCUGGCUGAUGAUGAUGAAGCUAACUGGGUGCAUGCAACUAAGAGAAGAAAGGAAAUUCUCUUAGAAGACUGUGUAAAGAAAAGUAAGGAGCUGAAGGAUGAAGGUGCAAAUUUGGCUGAAAAUAAGAGGUACCGAGAGGCUAUUCACAAGUGGGAUGAAGCACUUCAAUUGACUCCAGAGGAUGCUACGCUUUAUGAGAUGAAAUCGCAGGUCCUGAUGUCUUUACAUGAAAUGUUCCCAGCAGUGCAUGCAGCAGAAAUGGCUGUCCAGAGAAACCCACGUUCCUGGGAUGCCUGGCAGACAUUGGGACGUGCCCAGCUUGGAUUAGGAGAGAUAGCACUG